AUCAAAUGUUCAACUGAAAACAGUAUUUACACUUAAGUUAAAAUAUACUGCCAUCUAAUGAAAAAAAUGAAUUGCUUCCUUUAAAUGUUCAAAAUGCUACAGUACUAGCUUCAACUAAAAAGAACACAAAAGUUUUGCUCGACAAACGGACGCUUGAAUAAUACAAUGCAGUACUGUAUUCUGUAUGGACCCUUAAAACAGCUGACAGUAAAUUUAAGGAUUUUCGUUGGUAGAUGUAUGUAAAAUAUUGUUUAUUUUUGUGUCUUAUUGAAAGGUUAUAACUUAAUGUGAUUGUUUUAAAUGAGCGAUUUUGAAGGUUCUUUUCCAAAUGUUUGACGCGAACUUUUUAAUUCAAUAUCUGUACAGUACUUCAAAAUGUUUCCAUGGUAACCAAAAACACAAUGCAUUUUAAACUGUCUGGAGACAUCAAUAUUACUAAGGCCUUUAAAUACCGUACCACCGAACCUUACACUUCGUAAUCCCCACACUCCCAGUCGGUCUGUAUUUGACGCUUGUAGGACACGUCUAAUACUGCUCAUAUUACACCUUUCUUAAUGCAAUAAAAACAGGUGACUCGUAAAGGGUAUUAGAUGUCCCGAGCUUCACGUUUCUUCCCACAGUAACAUUUACAGACCGCUCUGUCUCUAUAAUCUAAUAUUUGCUUUAUGGCUAUAUCUCAGUGGUUUACCGUUUACUUUUGGCUUAAUUUGCUUUAGAGCUCUAGCUACGGCUACCGAAUCGAUCUACACUAUUUGUGCAUACACCCACCACUUUGCUACUGUUAAAUUGCAUUCGUCUAUAAAACCGCCGCCGGCUUCGGUAAAUCAUAAAUGGACUCCGUUCGCAUUUAAAUGUUUGGUACGCAGGGAGCAGUAUUGUAGUAUGACUGCUCCCUGGUACGUGACAUGUUUUUUAAAAUCACCCAUGUGAUGCAAUCGAACUAGGCCUGCACUAUCGUAUCGAAACGUACCUUUCCUUAAAUAAAGAGGGUAAACAGAGAAACGAUUGGUUACCCUGGCAUGUUUUUAUUGUUAUGCUAACACUGUACUCUUAUCUGUUGAAUGCUAUUCAUCGUUGUUUGUUCAUGGGCAUUAAAAAUUAACCAACCGGAUAAUAGAUCACAAGAACUGUCUGAAGAAAAGAGUUAGUAGACAUCAACUGUGUUUUAUCAAAGUUGUUUUGGAAAAACAGUAAUUUACACUUGAUGUGUAUAAUGUGGUGUUGUGUUGUUUGCAGACGAUUAGUUUCUGUUAAUGACGUCAGAUAAUAGUACAGUAAUUUAUUCCGAUCAUCUGUCUGGAUUGUAAUAGAUGCCGUUACACAGGACGUAGGACCGUUUAUUACUUCUAUGGAUAGCUGUCAGGUGCCAACACGGGCUGCUAGCCCACCAGGGUCAGAUAAGGUUGUUGAGAAUACCAAAGAAAUUGCUUAUUUUGUGACAAGAAGUGAAAAGGAUUGGAGGCCGGAUAGCUCAGUAGCUUACAGUGAGGACUCGAAUAACAAACGUCUUUUUGAUUUUGAUGGAUAUUGCAAUGAUGGUAUCGGUGGUGUUACAUUUGAAAAUUGCUACCAUCCUCCAGUCAGGACCUUUACUCCGAACCGAUCUGAUGAACACCAACGGAAAAUGGUGAAAAUUGUACGGCGACGCUCCCGCCCAUCAGGUGUGGCAGAGGCUGACGGUUACAUGGCAUUUGCGCCACUUAACGGUAGGAACAAAAUAACUAUGAACACAAUACAAACUGGUACACAAAGACGACUUAAGGAGCGUGUAUGUCGUCCAUACAGUACAUAUUCAGUGCCAAAAGCCUGCGAUAAAUUUGCUAUUGGACCGUACGGUAUACCGUUCGAGAGCGGUGCAACUGGACGAUUUAAAGUAGGUAGUUUAUCACGGAGUUUUCCUGGGCUUAAAAAUUACGAAAGGGACUCGCACUUCAGUGCAAAUGAACCGAUUUUAAGAAAGAGCCGAUUUAAUGAUGCGCUAAAUCUGAUCGUUACAGAAAUACCCCGUGGGACAGGAGGCGUACUAAGACGGCCCCCGGACAGACCGUUUCGGCAAUUAAAACCAAUGAAUUACGACACAUCUGAGAUUCAUCGCGUUGCAAAUCAACGAAUGUCAGUGGUGCACAACACGCUUGCGCGUGCGCAAAAUACGAAACGGUCACCUGCCGAAUAUACAGUUGCAGUUGAGCUGGUGAAACACCUUCAAGUUCAACGAAAAGAAAAUAGUUGCUUUAAAUUUCCACAUUAUCUGAGCAUGAAAUCCAACAUUCCGCUGCCACCUGAGAUUGGAGAACAGCCAGUGCAAAUGAUUCACUACAUGACGAAAGGUGAAUUGUCGCUCAGAGAAGGCAAAAAAGCAAACAACUUUGACCCGAACAGUCCGAAGAAACCACCGACAAAAUUUAUCCAGAGGAACAAACGUGCUAUUUCGCCACCACUUUCCAAAGUCACCAAGGAACAAUUUUUUCCUGAAGUGAAACUAGUUCGUGAUGAAGAGAAAAACAAACGCAUCCAAGAGAGGAAAGGGAUCCUCGCAAAAGGAUUAAGCUUGAAAGGAAAAAUUAUGUUGACUCAUAAGGACGAUGAGUCGCGUCAACAAGUGAACGAACUUCAAAGUUCAUCAGCAACAAGCGAGUUAGAUUUUCAUUUAAAGGGCAUCUCUGUGGAUUUAAAAUCAGUUAAAUCUCAAGAUAGUCCCAGGCUGGAAACAAAAGAGCAACACGACGAGGGCGAGUCUGCGAAUCAGGUACGAAUCAACAAAACGCCAUUCGAUGAUGAAAAUUUAUGUACGAAAUUGAAGACAACUGAUUUUGAAAGAAUAGGUCUAUCUGAUAUGAAAUACGAAUAUCGUAUAAAUAAUGCGAAAUAUUGUGAAUCAAAUCAAAGUGAAACGUUCGAUGGAGAAAAUCAAAGUUCGUCAAACGGAGGAUUAGACCUUGAAGAUAAGAUACCGCAUGUUAACAAAACUUUUGAACAUCAAAUGAUCAUUAGAAAGAGCGUAGACAAUGAUGAAAUCAAUACCUCCAUGAAAUCUGAAAUUUUGAAGGAUAGGGAGAGUGAUGAAAAGGAUGAAGAAAUAAGUGAGCAUGGCGCACAAACUAGUUGCGACACGGAAUUAGACAUACGGAUACGGCAACCGGUGGCGAGCAGUAUGUCGGCCGUCGACGUGCAUGAACAUUCUGGAUGUAGGCCUACAGCAGAUGAAACAGUGAGCGAGACAGCUAAUAUUCUGGACGCAGAGAACAUUGAACGUACUGAUUAUAGGACUAAUGACAAUGAUUAUGUUGCUGUGGAAGCAGGAAAGCCCAGUGUUAUUAUUGUCCCGACUGAGGGGAAGGUGGUCGAAAAUGAGAUUGUAGAGGAUUCGUGUAGGUCUAUUGCUAUCGACAAUACUGACGUCACGAAUGAAUCAGAAAAUUGCAAAAUGUCGGACGGCAUAGCAAUAGAAAAUUCAAAUGUAUGCGCAAGCACAGGGGCAAGCACCAACGGUGAAGAAAUAGCAAAUGAGAAAGUUUCAGAAAAGGGCGUAUGAAAAUAACGUAUACCUGAAAAAGAAAGCAUUGAAUAGUGUCAGACAUUAGUGGAUUCGAAAUUAAAAAAAAAUAUUGCUAGAAUAUAACAAAUGUAGAUUAAAUACAGACAGUGUCCCCUUCACUGAAUAUAUAUAUA